AUGGCACCCUCCUUCCUCCACUUCGCCACAGGCAUAGCCCUCCUUACAACCACCGCCCACGCCGACCUCACCACCACCAUCGAUGCAACCUCCAACCGCGGCACCUGGGAAGGCUGGGGCACCUCCCUAGCCUGGUGGGCAGCCACCUUCGGUCACCGCGACGACCUAGCAGACAUCUUCUUCACCCUCCGCACAACCCCCCACCAAUCCGUCCCCCUCCCCGGCCUAGGCUUCACAAUCGCCCGCUACAACCUCGGUGCCACAACCACCAAAACCACCAUCCCCCCUUCCACCUCCAUGAAAACCUCCCCCUCCAUCAUCCCCUCCCGCCUCAUCCAAGGCUUCUGGCUCGACUGGACCUCCUCCCUUCCAACCUCCCCAUCAUGGAACUGGUCCGCCGACCCAAACCAACGCUCCAUGCUCCUCAAAGCCUCCUCCCGCGGCGCCACCACCCUCGAGCUCUUCUCCAACUCCCCAAUCUGGUGGAUGUGCAAAAACCACAACCCCUCCGGUUCCGACGACGGCAGAUCCGACAACCUCCAAUCAUGGAACUAUCAAAACCAUGCUGUCUACCUGGCCACAGUGGCGAAAUACGCAGCAGAAAACUGGGGGGUGAGCUUCACAUCAAUAGACCCAUUCAACGAGCCGUCAGCAAACUGGUGGAACGGCAAGACCGGCACGCAAGAAGGCUGCCACUUCGACGCCUCCACCCAGAUCGCCGUGGUGGGGUAUCUAAGGCAGGAACUGGACAAUCGGGGGUUGAAAGGGGUGGUUAUUUCCGCCUCGGACGAGAGCCAUUACGACGAGGCGGUUGAGACGCUCAGGAAAUUCGAGGGCAACAGGACUGUGAUGGAGGCAGUGGGGAGGGUGAAUGUGCAUGGGUAUCAGUAUGAAAAGGGAAGGAGGGAUGUGCUGUUUGAUAUGGUGAACAAGGCGGGGAAGAAGCUUUGGCAGAGUGAAUAUGGGGAGGCGGAUGCUACCGGGGAGAGGUUGGUGAGUAAUUUGCUGCUGGAUAUGCGGUGGUUGAGGCCGAUGGCGUGGGUGUACUGGCAGGUUUUGGAUGGGGGUGGGUGGGGUUUGAUUGACGCGGAUAAUGACAGGAAGACGAUCGGGCAGGUGAACCAGAAGUAUUUUGUUCUCGCGCAGUUUGCGAGGCAUAUCAGGCCGGGGAUGAGGAUUUUGGAUGGGGGGAGUGAUUACGCUGUUGCGGCUUAUGAUGAGAAGGCGAGGAAGCUGGUGAUUGUGGCUGUUAACUGGGGGGAGGCCCAGUAUAUCAAUUUUGAUCUGGGGAGGUUUGGAGCCGUUGGGUCGAAUGGAUCGGUGGUCAAGAGGUGGGCGACACAGAUUGGGAGUGGCAGUCGUUAUGUUGAGUACAGUGAUACUCAGCUUAGUGGGAAGAAGUUCUGGUCAAGAUUUGAAAAGAAGAUGGUCCAGACUUUUGAAGCGACGGGUGUUGUUCUGUAG